UACCGCAGAUAAUAACUUGCUAGUCAUGAAGUACCUUGUUGUUAUUCUGUUCGUUCUUGGCUGCUGUCCAAGAAUCAAUUCCAGCGCAGACGAGAGUUUUGAUGAAAAUGAUAACGAAAAUGAACUUUUCAGAGAAGAACGAGCUAUUCCCAUUCUAAGCGAGGCAGGAAAGAAGAUCGUGGGGAAGCUGUUUAAAUUCGCCAACUUGACAAAAGUAUCUGGCGGUGUGACCUUAACAUUAAAUAAAAAGGUCUUAAACUUUGCCAAUCUACGUAUUGACAAAACAACGGCUCUCUCUCUGGACAAGUACCUGAAAGAUGAACCCCUGUAUGAAAGACUGUACGUAUUCAACAAGCUGGCCGCCAUUGAAGCCAACAUCACAUCCAGGCAAGGAGGGAAGCUGAAAGCUGUGGCUAUAGAAGACUUGGUGGACACGGACGACGAUAUUGUCUUGGACAAGGAAGACGUCGACGAGAUAUGGCAACAGAUACAGAUAGAACCGGAACUCCUGGACCUGUCUCCUAAACUGACCGUUUUGAAGCCCAAGAUUAACCCUACAUUGGAGCGAGUGAAACGGAAGGUCACGUCCAAGUCAUCUCGGAAGUGGAGCAGUUUGGUCAUACCCUGGAAAUACUCUUCAAGUUUCUCUACGUCUUACAAGAACGUGAUCGAGUCUGCCAUUCAACACUGGGAGGCGGAGACGUGUUUGGACUUCAGAAAGAACGCCUGCUCCAUCUUCAAGUGUAUCAGGUUCAAGAAAAACAGCGGGUGUUACUCAAAAAUAGGGAAAAGGCUCUUUGGACAAACUAUUUCAAUUGGAACUGGCUGUAACACCAAAGGGAUUGUUGCUCAUGAGAUUGGUCACGCGCUCGGGUUUUGGCACGAGCAGUCUCGACCGGACAGGGACCGGUAUAUCUGGAUCAACUCGGCAAACAUCAAGACCGGGAGGAAACACAACUUCAUCAGGCGAUCGUGGAAAGAGGUCUUCUCUCUCGGAGUUCCAUACGACUACUCGUCUGUCAUGCACUAUGGGUCAAAGGCUUUCUCCAAGAACAGCGGGAACACGAUCACGACUAAGGAGUCGAGGAUGUUGAAGACGAUAGGUUCGCGACACGAACUGUCUUUCUACGAUAUCAAACUGGCCAACCUCCAUUACUGCAACAGUAAGUGCAGUGGUGGACUUAAGUCUUCUAUGUGUAGAAACGACGGCUAUAAAAAUCCAAAGAACUGCGCUGUAUGUAAGUGCCCGGAUGGAUGGUCCGGAAAAUACUGUACCGGUGUUAAACCCAGUGUACACGCCAACUGUGGAACCGCGAAGCUGACGGCGUCAUCCUCGUGGAAGUACAUGUCAUCACCAAAGUACACGACCAGUGGUUACCCCGGCAACUCCGAGUGCACGUGGCUAAUACAGGCACCAUGGGGUAAGCGAGUGAUUAUGCGGUUUGUCAGCACCUUUACAAUCAGAUGCCACUCAACUAACUGCAAAGAUUACGUUGAAGUCAGAUACACGGACCUAGCACGCACCGGUGAAAGAUACUGCUGCAGUAGUAGGCCAACACAGUAUUUCCGUUCCCAUGGCAACAAAAUCAUGAUUUUGUUGCGCGUUCGAGGAAGUUCAAGCUACAGAGGUUUUAAGAUUCAAUACAAGUUGGAAGGGUGUGGGGGCUGUUCCUAUGGCGCUCCGAGUGUCGAGCCUGUUUGCUACGAAACACAGAGAUAUUCCUGUCCUGGUAAAUACAAGAAGAGCUGUGGAUUUCUGGGACUUGGCCGGUGUACCAGAUACCGCACGAAUACGUGUUACAAGAAAAUAUCGAAGUGCUGCUCCAACUACAAACGAAUUGGCAGUAACUGCUACCGUUAUCUAUCUAAAUGGUCGUCCUGGUCAAGUUGUUCGGCGGCCUGUGGUGCUUGUGGGACCAGGAAACGCACGCGAACGUGUAUUAAACCACCGUGCAAUGUGAGCCUUGUGCAGACAGUGAGAUGUAACAGAAAGCUCUGUCCAGGCUAUGUUGGCACGAUGACAAAGAAAUGCUCAUAUAAAUCAAAAUGUGGAUGGUGGUUUUUAAAGAAAACCUGCACGAAAUACAAGACUUGCACCGUAAAAAGCCGCUGCUGCACUGGUUUCAAGCCAAGUGGUAGCUAUUGCUAUUAAAGGCGCAGACGCUAGUUUUAACCCGUAAAAAAUGGACACUAAGUUUAGUUAAUUUACAAACCUGCAACUCGUUUGGAUAAAGAUACAAUAGAGUGAAAGAAAU